GAGGAGGUCGGAGAUUCAGCAGUGGCGGGCCGGAUUGAUGGUUGUGCGGGUGAGGAUUGUGUCGUAGGGUCGUUUUUCUUUCAAUCUGUGAAUUUUGGUGGGAGGAAAGCGGACUAAAUGGCCGAGAAGCACCGGAAGAGAGCCUUCCUGGAGCAUUUGGAGGCGUAUUUGGCCAGGCGAGAUGGCGUCGAUAAGGCUCUGAAGAUUUUGCGAUACUCCAGCAAAUUGUGGCUCUCCAGUCCUCUGAUUUCCUAUGCCGAUCCCCUGGUCGUGAAGCGGGUGAAGGAUUUUGAGUCCAGCGUUGGAACUAGUCGAAAAGCCUUCCGCCUCGGCAAGUUCGUGCAGGAUGUGAACGCUUUGGGCAAAAUCCCCUCCUACGCUUCCAGAGAUGGCCUGCUGGAAUUUAUUGCGUGCACCGGCGAGGGAAUUUACUACUUUGUGGAGCAAUUCAUUUGGCUGGUUAAAGCCGGUGCAAUUGACAAACGCCAUUCGAAGGAGCUACAAAAGUGGAGUGCCUGGUCGGAGUUCAUUGGAUACCUUGGAAGUGUUACGUUGAAAUUUUUCCAAGUGUGGGCUAUGCGUAGCAAAGAGGCCGCCCUCUUGAAAGGGUUGAAUGCCUUGAAUAAGGGCGAAGGUUUAGAUGAGAAAGUAAGAAUAUCCAAGGAGCUGCGGAUGGUGCGAGCCAAACGAUCGAUGAAAACUCUUUCCCUUGUACAGGACCUGUCUGACAGUUUGCUUGCUCUGAACGACAUUAAGGACAAUAAGGGUCCGUUGGCCAAACCUUUUCUUCUUGCCUUUUCUGGUCUACUUUCUGCUUUGAUCAGCACCCACAAAAACUGGAAUAGCUGCUGAUGGAACGCCUUCUCUUCGGUCUGCGUUUCUCGAACACAUUAACAUGUUUUGUAUCAAUUUUAGGAACGACGAUUGUCGCAUUUGUUGAGCUUGCUUCUCGCGAGAAGGGAAGUCUCGGUGUCAACCCCAUCUACAGGGGUCGGCAUCACUAGAUAAGCCUGGUCUUUGCUGCUCAGCCUUAAAGAUGGAACCGAGUUACAAAUCUACGCCGAGUUGGUGAGGAGUAUGGCACGGAUACAUAUGUGUCCAACAAUUGUAAAGAAUGAUCACUUGAGAAACACAGUUAUCAAUGGGGCAGGUAAACCUGCCCCAUAUAUAUUCAACCUGCAUUGUACAUGAUUCUGGUAAUUUAUUUGAACACUUACUCUGUUACG